UGGUGGCCGCGCUUCAGGUUCCGCCUGGAGCUUCUGAAUGUUCAAUCAGCACGAGAUCACUGCAAACACGCUCUCAUUGACUCCAUAGCAUCCUGACAAGUCUUCGAGCGCUUGAGAAGCUACUUAAAAUGCCGGCGACGACAGCAGAAACACUCAGUAUUGUCAAUCGAACCGUCUCUGUGGCGCCUCUCGUACUCCUCUCGGCAGCAGAUCAUUACGGCCGAUCCGCCAAAGGCACAAGAAAGCGAGUAGUCGGCGUGUUACUCGGACAGAACGAUGGCAAGAGUGUGCGAGUGUCAAAUUGCUUCGCUGUGCCCUUUGAAGAAGAUGACAAGGACCCUUCAGUGUGGUUUCUGGAUCACAACUACGUCGAGAGCAUGAACGACAUGUUCAAGAAGGUCAAUGCGCGAGAGAAGCUAAUAGGCUGGUAUCAUUCUGGACCAAAGCUACGAGCAAGCGAUCUGGAGAUCAAUGAACUCUUCAAGCGAUAUACCCCCAAUCCGCUACUGGUAAUCAUCGAUGUGCACCCGCAAGAAGUUGGUGUACCUACAGACGCCUAUUUCGCAGUGGAGGAGAUCAAAGAUGACGGCACAAGCACAUCCAAAACCUUCGUACAUACUCCAAGUACCAUCGAAGCGGAGGAGGCGGAAGAGAUAGGGGUUGAACAUCUCCUCCGAGACAUCCGUGAUGUUGCUGUUGGCACUCUCUCGACCCGAAUAACCUCUCAACUCCAGUCAUUACAAGGCCUCCACCUCCGCUUACAAGACAUAUCGAAGUAUCUACAGAAAGUGCUGGACGGCGACCUACCCGUCAAUCACGCCAUCCUCGGCAAUCUGCAAGAUGUGUUCAACCUCUUACCCAACCUCAGCACACCGAAGGUAUCAGUGAAAGAUCAGAAAGACUUGCCCACAGUCAACGGCAUGGUGAACGGCGCAAUUGGAGUCGAAGGCGGCAGCAUGUCGGAAAACACAGAAUUGGCAAAAGCGAUGAGUGUCAAGACCAACGACCAGCUUAUGUCGAUAUAUCUGUCAAGCUUAAUACGGGCGAUCACGGCAUUCCACGAUCUUAUUGAGAACAAGAUACAAAACAAGCGACAGCAGGAAGACGAGGACUCGCGGAAGGAGGAAGCGGAGAAGCAGGAUGAGAUCAAGAAGGAAGAAAAGCUGAUGCUAAAUGGCACCAGUGAGAAGACGGACAAGGAGAGCAAAGAGACCGAGCAGACGAGUAAGAGGGCAGAAAAGGAAGAAAAGGGAAAGAAGAAGGGAUGACCCCACAAUUAUGAUAGUGCAGCGGCAUCGCGUCGGCGUUGAAGGAGCAUGGAGCGACGGGAGGUGCUGCUUAUGGCUGGCAAGCCCGGCACACAGCAGCAAUUUUGUAGGCUGCACGACACUGUACUGAGUAUGUACAGUAAUAGCGAGGGCGCUGGUUUGCGUCGAGGAGAACUAGUCACG